GGAAGUGAUUGAUUACCUGGGUCAUCCUAACCAGUCUAUUGUUGCGCAUGCAGCGGGUUACAUACAGCAUCUCUCUUACCAGAAUGAUGACAUCAAGAGACAGACAAGAGAGAUGGGUGGUAUCCAGCCAUUGGUGGGGUUGCUGGGCAACCCGGUGGUUGAGAUCCACCGGACGGCUUGCGGGUCCCUGCGGAACCUGAGCUACGGCAAAGCUCAUGAAGAGAACAAAGUCAAGAUCAAAGGGAAUGGUGGUAUACCAGCACUGGCCAGGCUGCUUAGGACAUCUACAGAUAGAGAGACCAAAGAUCUUGCUGCAGGGACUUUAUGGAAUCUCAGUUCAUCAGAGCCUUUGAAGAAGACUAUCUUGGAGAAUGCUCUGAGUGUACUGGUGAACAAUGUAUUAGUCCCAGAGUCUGGAUGGAAGCCUAGCGGUAACAGUCCUUUCAAGCCUGCUGACGAACCAUGGACGAAGACGUUUAUCAACUCUACUGGAUGUUUGAGGAAUGUGAGUUCUGGAGGCAUAGAAGCCAGGCAUCGGAUGAGGGAGUGUGAGGGGCUGGUAGACAGUCUACUUCAUGUACUCAGCUCUUCAAUGAGAAACAAUGAUAUGGAUAAUCAGGUUGUAGAGAACACGCUUUGCAUCCUGAGAAACUUGACGUUCCGUAUAGCGAACGAAGCGAAUCACCCCGAUGCCAUACCACUACGCAACACAACCUCUAACGUCCCGGAUACUCAAUCAAGAUCACAACAGAAAAAGAGCCCACAAAGUGGUUCUUUAAUCUGCUUUGGGGGCAGUAAAAAGAAGGAUGCUCAGCUUGCUUCCAAUGGCACGGCAGGUAAAACGGGCACAUGGAACCCUUCCCAGCCGAUCCCUAACCUGAAGAAGGACGUUCGAGGCGUUGAGAAGCUGUGGCAGCCAAGCAUCAUCAACCCAUAUCUCAUUGUACUGUCAGAGUGCUCUAGACCGGCCUCACUGGAGGCAGCCGCCGGCACGCUACAGAACGUAACAGCUGGGGAGUGGCAGUGGGCAAUGUACAUCAGAGCUGAGAUGAGGAAAGAGAAAGGUCUACCAAUCCUUGUUGAGCUUCUGAGAAUGAAGAACGAUCGUGUGAUGAUAGCCGUUGCCAAGGCUCUCCGUAAUCUCGCCAUGGACCCUAGGAACAAAGACCUCAUUGGAAAGUAUGGUAUGCAGGACCUUGUGGAGCGUAUGCCCACUUCAACCAGCGGCAGAAGGACCCCUAAAGACAUCUCUCAGGACGGCAUAGUAGCCAUCCUAAACACCAUGACGGAACUGGUCACGAAGAACCAAGAAAAUGCUAAGUCUCUGAGAGGUGCAUCAGGUAUCGAGCGUCUUGUCUCCCUCACCAAGGCCAAUGGUAUCUACCCUGCCUCAGUCAUCAAAGCAGCAUAUCAGGUGCUGCAUGCCAUGUGGGCCUAUAAGGACAUGCGACCCCAGUACAAGAAGGACGGAUGGGAAGAGAAGUUCUUCCACGCAUCCAGCACCUUCACAACGCUCCCCAGGAAAACCACGGUGGAUGGCUCCCUGCCUCCGACGGCCAGCGGGAGCAAGAGCGAGCCCACGAGCCGGACGAACACGGUGCAGAGACACAGAAACGACUCCAACGAGAUCAGUCAGCCGACCAGGCCCGCCCCUGAGCUAAGCCACACCCAUCGUGAUGAGGCCCCGCCCCCUUUUGACGACCCUUACAACGUGUCCCCCGGCCAUCAGCCCAUGUACGACGAGCGAUCCGUUGACAGAGACUUCGGCGGAGCAGAGGAUGAUUUGAUCCACCGCCUAGAACCCUAUACUAGAGAAAGUGUGUCGACGUUCAAUAGCCAAGAGCGCCUAGCUGAUCACAUGACACCUGGGGAAGAGAUCGCCAUGCAGCCGAUGUCAUCUGACUAUGCUGUUAACCCCUAUGCUAGCACCAACCGUAAGAGCGUACCCGUCGGAGGCGUCUCCGUUUACGGAAGGGCCCCUGAACCCCAGGUUGAGCAUUCAAACUACACAACAGUGGACCGCUCAAUGAGCCAUGACAGCUACGACCGCAGCAAGGAUUACGGGGAUUACAGUACUGCUCAGCAUGUGCAGCUCCAGGCCCAGGACGAACCGGCAGGCGACUCAUGGGUGUAAUGCUACACCCCUCUACCAGCCACACCCUGUUUAAUACACCCCAACACAUGUACCCAUACUCUACCACGGCAGAUUACACUCCAACAUUAAGACCACAGUAAGGAUAACAGUGAAUACAGGUGCAGGAUGAACCGGGAGGUGACUCAUGGGUGUAAUGGUCACCCCCUUCUACCAGCCACGCCUUGAUAUACUGUACCCAAACAGACCCAUAGCGACGCUUGGCUCUACAACUACUGCAUUGAUUAUACAUGAAGCCAUCUUUGUCAUGCUUGAACAAGGGGAUUUCUGUGACAUGAGAUACAUGUAAUUAACUGUAAUCUAGUCAAACUCAGCCAUGUGUAUCAAAUUCAGUUCACCGGGUAAUCCAAUCUCCAAAUUUACGACAUUUUUUUACGACAUUUUUUUACGACAUUUUUAUUUCACUUUUGUUGGGCUGACAGCCAAUGCAGUACUGCAGAUCUACCCCUAAAUUAGUCAACCUACCUAUAGGGAAGUGGCAAAGUUCAGUGAUGUGUGUAGUGUACAAAUCGUAAGCCAGGCAUAUGCCAGCAAGCGGUUUUUAAACGAGCAUAUUUACUCUCAGUUUUUAGAUGUUUUCUAGCACAAGUUGAUCAUUAUCCAGUAUCCACUUACUUUUACACAAUGUAGCUUAAUAAUCAGUGUUGAUAUUUCUCUUUUGACGUUACCUUGGUAACGGAAAAGAAAAAGGGGGAUUGGAUUUAAAAAAAAAAAUUAUAAUUAGAUGUUGAACGUCUCGUACAGAAUAAUUCAUUAGGUCACAAAGUAUUUCUUUUGAUGCAUAUAUCACAAAAAAUGUAUUCUGGUGCACUUAAACUGUCACACAAUCAUGCUGAAAUAUAACACUAAUGGUAUUCAAUUUACUACAAUUCAUACAGAUUUAGAGAGAUAUAUUUUGCUGUUACUAACGAUUUUAUAUCAUGGUUCUACUUAACUUUUGAUACCGUAUUCAAUGUGAAAGAAUUUGCACUAUAUUUUGAACUCUGAAUGGUUAUGCCAGCCCCCCCCCCCUUUUCCAACUCAAAUGUGUACAUGUAAACAUUUGAUUUGAGCACAAAAUGCAUCAGCUUUUCUAUGAAUCCUCAUUCAUUAUAGGAUUGGUGUUUAUUCAACUUUCUGAAGUCAUCUGACUAACUAGUUGCAAGCUAUUCUAAAAUUAUAUAUAUAUUUCUUCCUUAACAACCAUUGCUUCCACGGUUUUGUCACAAACAUUUAUAGCUUGAAACCAAUUUUAAUACAAACAGAUAUACUUAAUUAUGAAUAUUUUCAGCUUCCUAAAUUGUCUUUUUAACAACCUUUCUGUCAUUUCUAAGUGAUACUAACAUCAAUUAGUUCAGAAAUAGAUAAAAGCUGUUAUUAUGAUACACAACUUUUUAGAUAUAUAUUUCUGAUGGUUCUUAUCACCUACUGAUAGAUGAGAAAUUGCACUGGUUGCAUUCACUUUUGUUUUCCAUCAAUGGUGUUUACAUUUUUCAUUGAUCAAAUGGUCAUAAUCAUCAUGGCUUUGCCUAAUAUGAAUACCGAGAUGCUUCUCAUCUUUUUGCAUGUUUGUGUUGUCGGAGAAAGAUAAAUGAAGCUUUUAAGAACUGAAAGUAACCUAAUGUCUUAGUUCUAAGCUUUUUUUUCUGAUCUGAUAACACCGGUUGUUCCAAAUUACUCAAAGUUUUGAAGGAUUGCUUCAGAAUAGAGAAAAUUAUCUUUUAGGAUACAUGUAAAGACAACUCUAGGAAAACAGAAGUGGUGUUUACAGGCAGGGGGUUGCUAGAGCAGGUUACACUGUACAUGUUCCACAUUGGAAUGGGAUUUGCUUGACUGUUUUGCUGCCAAGACUUUUAUUACACUUUUUUUAUGAUUAGAUGACUUACAAAGAUAUUUCUACUAGAUGUUCCAGCUUAGAUAUUCAUGAGCAAAGAUCGUUCAUUCAUGUAAAUUGUCUCUUUUAGAGGAAACAAAAUGUUUUUCGGAAGAACUUUGAUGCAAAAAUAACAAAUGUACAAGGAAAUAAUGGGCUGGUCUUUGUACUCGGACUACAUCAAUUGCUCAACGUUAAUGCAAAGCUGGUACAGACAACCGUGACUUGCCCCUUGAGUAAUCAGUCAUUCAAGCUUUUAAUAUUCAUCAAAUUAUUCAUGUAUUCAGAUUUAUUUAAAAAAUUCUGCCUUUGAUUUUCUAUGGAGUUGUAGUUCGAAAUAAUGCCCAAACCGUUAUCAUUAUUCUUGCACAUCAUUUUGUUAGUAAGAGUACGAAAACCCAAAUUUGUCAUAUAGCUACUACAUUUCGGUAAAGCCAUACAACAAUAUAUUUGUGUACGAACACAGGGAAAGAGUCUGUGACUAAAUGCAUUAUUUGAUAAUUCGUGGAUAUGUACAUCAACAGUAACAAAAACUAUGUAAAUUGUACAUUUUGAUGAUCAAAUUCAUUCAUCAUCUUAGCCAAGUCCAACAAAACGGUGGAAAUACUUGUCUGAAGAAAAAUGCCUUACGUUUCAUUCUUGUACAAAGACUUAUUUUUCAGUCAUUGAAUAACUUUGACAAAGAUGUUGCUGAUAAAGAUGUUCAUGAUGAUGAUGAUGCUAUUUAAGAUUUUUAAUGUUGCACUGCUUUUUGUAUUCAAGUGUAAAAUAAUUAUGAUAUGUUUAUGCGAAAAUA